CCGUGCCUGCUUGGAAGCAACAGUGAAUACCUCACUCCUUUUUUUCUCUCUCUCGCUCUCUAUUUGGAGGCUGUUAUUGGAAACUGUGGUUGGAGGCUCCGAUUGUUUAUUCUGUCCUCCCCUUUUCACGGAGACCUUCACAUGACAAUACUGCCGGUGUGGCAGAGAAAGCAGGCCAGGAAUUCCACAGGAGUUCUGCCCACCGCCAAGACGAUGGAUGAGCUGUAAGACAGAAGCCUUAUGUACACGUUACCGUGCUUUUAUCUGCCGAAUUAAAGUGCUAAUCAUCCAGCAUUAUCUAAAAUGACCGUGCUCUUGUUAUCUACAAAAACAUUUUUGUGGCUGGGUUUGGGCAAUGUCAAGGAAAAAGUGAACAUUAGAAGAUUGCGCACUUGUUUUAAUACUGGAAAGUUCACUUUAAGAAUGACUAAAAGUGUCACGUAACCUUGAUUAGCAUCUUACCAAAACUGUAAACUUCCACUGCUCCGAUUGCACACUUGACUCAGGAUGUACCCCGGUUUCUGGUGUCAGAGUCUUGUGAUAUACGGCCAACAUUCGCAAUGCAGGAAGCAGUUAUGAUUUCCAUGAAAACAAUGUUUGGAAAACUGACUAGUCAUAUAUAAACAAAACUUCUUGGAGGACGAAUUAGAGAUAAGCUGUAUUGCAUCCUCUGCUGCUUUCAAGUCUAAGGAAAUAAGCAUCGGGGUUAUCUUAGUUUAGGACAUUGAUUUUUAUUUAUUUAUUUUACUCUUUAAACCUGUCAGGUUUGAAGAGCCUUAUCACCAAGUAAAGGAAAAGUGUAGUUGUGAAUAUUUCUUCUAAAUUCAGGGUUUCAUUAAGUGCACCUGCAAUUAGGUGCGGUCCAACAGAAAGCCACCUGAAUCUUUAAAAAACGUUUUAAUAAGCUUUUUAACUUAAUAAGCUUAAUAAGCUAAAUGUGCUGACCAGUUGUGCCAGUUUCCUGCGCUGUGGUUAAGAAUGAGGUAAAAGUACGCUGUAUUUGCUCAUCUGCCUCCACACGCAUGUGACUGUGAGUGACAUCCUAUUCUUAAUCCACAGGGUUUAAUAUAAUGUUGACCCACCCUUUGCAGCUAUAACAGCUUCAGCUCUUGUGGGAAUGCUUUCCACGAGUUUAUGGGAAGUUUUGGCCGUUCUUCCAGAUGUUCUGUUCAGGUCCAGGUGUUCUGUUGGGUUAAGACUGGGACUCUGUGCAGGCCAGUCAAGUUCUUCCACACCAAAAAACUCGCUCAUCCAUGUCUUUGUGGACCUGGCUUUGUGUCCUGGUGCGCAGUCAUGUUGGAACAGGACGGGACCAUCCCCAAGCCGAUCCCACAAAGUUGGGAACAUCAAAUUGUUCAAAGUAUCAUGGUAGACUGAAGCAUUAAGAGUUCCUUUCACUGGAACUAAGGAGCCAAGCCCAACCCCACACUACUAAACCUUAUAGUUGGCACAAUGCAGUCAGGCACUUACCGUUCCCCUGGCAACCGCCAAACUUGUCCAUCGGAUUGUCAGUUGGGGAAUCGUGAUUUGUUACUUCAGAGAACACGUGUGCACUGCUCUAGAGUCCAGUGGCAACGUGCUUUUCACCACACGUUUUGCGGUUGUAAGGCUUGGACGCGGCUGCUCGGCCACGUAAACCCAUCCCACGAAGCUCUCUGUACACGGUUCUUGAGCUGAUCUGAAGGCCACAUGAAGCUCGGAGGCCUGAAGCGAUUGACUCUGCAGAAAGUUGGCGACCUCUGCACACUGCGUGCCUCAGCAUGCGCUCAACCCGCUCUGUGACUUUACAUCCUAGUGGCUGAGUGUGGCUGAGCUGCUGUCAUUCCCAGUUGUUUCAACUUUGUUAUAACACCACUAACAGCUGACUGUGGAAUAUUUAGUAGUGAGGAAAUCGGUGGCAUCCUAUCACUGAACCCGUUCUUUCACAAAGGUUUGUAGAAGCAGUCUGCUCGCCCAUGUGAAUGAUUUCAUACACCUGUGGUCAUGGAAGUGACUGGAACACCUGAAUCCAGUGAUUUGGAUGGGCGACUGAAUACUUUUGGCAAUACAGCGUGCUAGCAGUGUGGCGACUGGAGACCAAUAAUUUCAGAGAAGAAGAGUUUAAAUUAAAAUUACCAAAGCAAAAACGAAUGGAGGCAGAGAUUAUUGUUAACCUUUAUGUUCAUGACCAGAAUGUGUACAGGAGACCAACUCGCAUUUGGAGAUGGGCGACCAGCAAAUCCCUUUAGGACUGUGGAAAAUAACAUAUGUAUGUAAGAUUAAGGUUAGACAACUAAAACACGUGUUUACUGUUGACUGCAUGGCCCCACAUUACUUCCUGUCCCUGCACCGAUCAUCUUCCUGACCACCAUGUCUGCAUAAAAUCACAACAUCUUCCUCCUCUUGCUCAUCCAAAUAAACGAAAUCCUCCGUCUCAAUGUGGAAAAGAAAGGUCGCGCCACUGAUUGUCAGCCGGCGCAGGCCUGUGAGUGUGCGCAGCAGGUGUGAAAAGGAGCCGGUGGCGUAUCAUAUAACCUUUUGACAAGUUGCUCAACAACAACAGGCGCUCCCUGUUAUUAUUGGGUCAACAAAGUCGGAGGAAGUCUUUGGGAUUAGAGUGGAGUGGAGAGUACGAGUGUGAAUGCCGUGUGCUCGUUGAGCCCCCCCUCAUCUUCUUUCUCUUUCAGCAUAGAGGUUAACUCCCCCCACCGCCACCACCACCCCUACCACCCCUUUGCUCCCAGGCAGGCCCGGGUCAGGGCAGAAACCGGCAGCCAGUCAGGCAUUCUUUCUGUGUACAUGUGUGUGUUUGUGUGUGGCUGCAGCCCACUCUGUGCUCUUUGACUCCGCUGCCCUUAUAAGGCGAGCAGCGCCAUGGCAACAGCAGGGCUUGAAUAGCAGUGUCAAAUCCCUCAGCACACAGACACACGCUCACUCUCCCUAAAGGAGGGAGCGAGGCAGAGAGACAGAGCGGGGAUUCAGAGAGAGAGAGACGAGGCUAUCUCCGGGCUGCUCUCCACUGCCGCAGCAGCAGCGUCGGGCUUUCGCUCAAAGGUCUGUGACCGUGUUUUUUCCUGCGCUUGUUGUUUGCCUAAUUUAUUCCUGCUGGGGCCAGCAGAAAGAAAGAAAGAAAGAAAGGGGAAAAAAAGGACAGGCAGAAUAGCAAAGAGUGCAACAGUACACCGUGACUCGCCGACAGGGAAUGCAGAGAGAAGUUCUGGCCUCUGGUUGUUACUGCUGGAUGGACAAGUACUGACAAAACAAGAGGAGGAAGAGAGGCAGCACUUUGUAAAGCUGUGAGAGAGGAGAGGCAGCUGCGACUGAAGAGAUUUCUCAACUCUGCUUUUGUUUCGGCUUGUUGUUGCUUUUUUUUCCUUCUGUGACAUCUGAUCCCCCGCUGACUUUAAAACAGUCGAAAGGGAUCACGAGAGAAACUCAGCUUCACCCUGGACGGCAGAAACAGGAGGACGUCUCUGGUGAACUUUGCUGCUCCUGAGACUUUAUCCUGAGAGUGAAAGGCGUCUAAUUCUUUACUUAUUUUCAUAUCAAGCCUGGACUCGAGUGCAGAUAGCCUUAAAUAUACUUUUAGAUUAAUAGGCGGUCAAUUCGCCGCAGUUUCCCAAACUCCUCGGCUUAAUUUUUCGAGGCAAAUCUUUUCCUCCUCUCCAUCACUAUCAGCCUCGACAAGUCAAGAGUGAGUCUAGGCUAGAACUGGCUCUGAUGAACAGAUAAAAACCUCAGCACGACAGGAACUGGUUGGACGAGUUUAUAAGUCAGAGCAGAGGGCAGGGCAGUUUAACCCUGCAUGAAGGAGGGCUGUGUACGACUCUCCUCCCGCCUGCUCGUCCUUUCCAGAGAAAGUCGUGCGCUGAGACGGAGAGAGGGGCAACAGAGGCUCUGUUUGCCCCCCCCCACCCACACACAGACACAUACUAUGCUUAGGGAUAGGUGAGGGUUUUUCUUUCAAAGGGGGAAGACGGAGAAAGAAAGUGAGAGGGAGGGAGUCAAAGUGUAAUUUAUUGUUUCCUGUGAAAAGAACAAGGCUGCACCCUUUUCGACUGCCUGAACUCUGAACCACACACCGUGUUUGUGUGUGCGCGUCUGAAGUUUUGUCGGACCUCGGGAAGCCACCGUGAUCAGAGGUCAGGGCGGAAAACAGGACAGAGAGAGCCGGGGAUUAAAGAAGAGAGGGACGACAGAAAGUGGAAAGACCCACAGGUCAGCUCGACCGGACGGCAAAGACGAGAAAGGUCAAGAGGCGGAAUUUCCCCCCGCGACUUUUAAAUCUCCUCGGAUCGGGGGCGGAAUCGGCUCUUUAGACUCUGAGAGCCAGUUGGAAGGCGGUGGGACGGAGCAGGUCUGUGUGUAUGAUCCACUCACAGGGCUGCACGUCUCAGAGAAUAUGGCCAUGGUGAGCGGAGGAUGGGGUAAUCCCAACGGGGGCGCUAACGGACUCGGGGAAAAGGCUUACCUGAGGAGGGGGGAGGACGAGGAGGGGUCGCCCCGCGCCGGGAGCAGCGACGUGGACGUGGGCGACGAGGACAAGGCCUGCGUGGUGGACUGCGUGGUGUGCGGGGACAAGUCCAGCGGGAAGCACUAUGGCGUGUUCACCUGCGAGGGCUGCAAGAGCUUCUUUAAGAGGAGCAUCAGGAGAAACCUCAGCUACUCCUGCAGAUCAAACCGAGAGUGCCAGAUCGACCAGCACCACAGGAACCAGUGUCAGUACUGCCGUCUGAAGAAGUGCUUCCGGGUCGGGAUGCGCAAAGAAGCUGUCCAGCGGGGUCGCAUCCCUCCAUCGCACUCAGGUAUCAGCCCCAACUCCCUGGCGGGCGGGGUCGCGGGUGUGGUUCCAGGUCACAUUGGGGCAGACUACUUCAACGGCCAGCCGGUGUCCGAGCUCAUCUCCCAGCUCCUCCGGGCCGAGCCGUACCCCCCGAGCCGCUACGGGGCGCCAUACGGGCAGGCACAGAUGCAGGCAUCUGCGAGCGGCGCCUCCGUCAUGGGCAUCGACAGCAUCUGCGAGUUGGCAGCCCGUCUCCUCUUCAGCACCAUCGAGUGGGCCAGAAACAUCCCGUACUUCCCGGAGCUCCCGGUUUCAGAGCAGGUGGCGCUGCUGAGACUGAGCUGGAGCGAGCUGUUCAUCCUUAACGCGGCUCAGUCUGCUCUCCCGUUGCACAUGGCUCCUCUGCUGGCGGCAGCCGGCUUUCACUCGUCUCCCAUGUCCGCCGAGCGCGUCGUGUCCUUCAUGGAUCAGGUCAGGGUUUUCCAGGACCAGGUGGAAAAGCUGAACAGGCUUCAGGUGGACUCUGCCGAGUACAGCUGCCUCAAAGCCAUCGCGCUGUUUUCUCCUGACGCUUGUGGUCUGACGGACCCGGCUCACGUGGAGUCCCUGCAGGAAAAGGCUCAGGUCGCCCUGACGGAGUACGAGAGGUUGCAGUACCCCAACCAGCCUCAGCGCUUCGGCCGCCUGCUGCUGCGCCUCCCUGCGCUGCGCGCCGUGCCGGCUAACCUCAUCUCCCAGCUCUUCUUCAUGCGGCUGGUGGGCAAGACGCCGAUCGAGACGCUGAUCCGAGACAUGCAGCUAUCGGGGAGCUCCAUCAGCUGGCCCUACGCACCGGGACAGUAAAUCCAGCUCCGGAGUGAGAUCACACUGAGAUGACUCAGAGCUGUGGAGGUCACUUUUUCCUCUCUGCAAAGUUUUCCUGACAUGACACCAAAGCUGCUUUCAGGGGAAAAAAGUUUGAUUGUCUCUAAUGCAGCACACCUCUCUCGCCCUCAUUCCGGAUGAACUCGGCUUUCGGUAGAACUCUUUACCGCGAGGCCUCGUGCCGGCACUACCUCCUCCCCCCAUCGCCCCCAGUGUGACUUGAAAUCAGAGUGCGCUCUGAACGAAGCCAUAGCAGCGCCGCUUACUGUACGCUGCCGUGGCCGGGACACGGCGUGCAGGUCGCACCCAAGCUGUGUGACGUUUUGUGCUGAAGUGAGAGACUUUGCUGCCAGACGAAGUAUUUGUGAAGACUGCGACGUGUCGCUUCAACACAGAGGAGGCUGCAUCUCAGACCUGUUUUGUAUGCCGUGUGCAGAAAGGAAUAGUUCAACAUAGAUCAAAGUAAAUCACUCUCAGGACUGUAUGAUAAAUAUGAAGCUGUGCCAGCUUCAGCUAGCUCUGUGCAAAGGUACCAAAUCCAGCAGACAGCACAAAAAGCUCUUGUUAGCGCCUUUACGAGGUGUUGGAAGGUUAAAACGAUCUUCUUUUCUUGUUUAUAUUCUGAACUUAAAGCCGGCAGCUGAAGCCUCAAACGAGCAUGAGAGCGCCGCCGACCUCCUCGACCAUUUUUCAGCAGAAAGUGUUGAACUAUUUCUUUUUAGCACGUUACACAGCGCUGCAGAAGCUGCCGUUAGAAAUCAAGCGAAUGUACUUAAACACAGCCGGGCUCCUUGGGACGGUCACAUCCCAGUCGGACAUUAUUACCUCAUGUUUUAUACAUCAGUGACAGAUGGAGAUUGUAUAGAAAACUAUGUGUGUGUUAAAGAUAUUUACAAAGGGAUCAAGGCACUGCUAUCACUGUAAGCAAACAGCAAGACCCAGCGGGCAGGUCUUAGCCAAAAAUAGAGAUUAAAAUGUUAAAUUUCAUGUGAGAGGACUUCAAUCGUUUGAGAUCAUUUAGUGGAAGCUACACUGAAUCAGGUGAUGCCCGCUUUGCUGAUUUUUCUGUGUCCUUUUGUGAGGGUAGAUGUGGUUUGAAUUGUUAUUUUGUGUCAGCGGCCUCUUUGAGAUGAUUGUGAAAGAUACUCUGACGUGUAAAAGGAUGUUUGUUGGCACUGACGUAAGAGGUACUUUGUUAUUGGUGUGUUAUCGCGACGACCUGCGGCUCAUUGCGAUGAA